AUGGACACGAUUCCGCUAAGUGCGGCACGAGUGCAUAUAGGACAGAGUGUGAGCUUUAUUGCAGCAGUGCAACAGGUUUUGAUGGGCAAGCGAGUUCUUGCAGCACGUGAGAGAGUCGAGUCUUGUCAUGUUUUGCUCGUGGGUGACUCCAGUCGACAGUUUUUCAGAAUCACGUGCUGGGGAGAAGCGCCGCCUACGUUGACGAUCAAGGACUCGACUAGGAGCGCAUGUUUUAUACGUUUAUCACAUUAUGAUGCAGCGCUUCAAGUCGGGGACAUCGUGCUCUUUUCGUCUUGCCGUAUCAAAUCCUAUCGGGGUGACGUCGAGGCGCAGUUUGUUCACAACAACGACGAGACGGUCACUUCGUCGACGGUUCAGUUGUUAUUCCGGAAGGAUCGAUACUUUGACACGCAAGAGGUGUCACUCAAGAGCUUGUACCCAACGAUUGAGUGGUAUAAACAGCAUUGUCGAGAUGUUGUAAUCGAGGACGAGAACAUGGCGUCGACGGCUUCGAAGAGGAGAAAGAACAGGUCACUGAUCACAGAUCUGCGUGAGAACAUGAUGGUGUCAAUUCUUUGCAAACUCCGGUCCGCGACAGAUACAGAGUAUGCAAACGCUCGUGGAGUAACAAAGGUUGCGUCAGAAACGGAUGGUGUAUUGCUUCGUGAGCUAGUCAUGUUUGACUCAGCAGGAGACGAGAUGAAUGUAAACCUUUGGGACCAACACGCUGAUAAGCGAUUUGUCACGCGAUUACUUGAACACCGUGGUGCUAUAGAGAUCAGCAACGUUGUCGUUAGCCUCCAAGCUUUAUCAAACCAGUUGCUGGCCAACACCACACCACACACAACGUUCCGCCUUUUGGACCCAGGCGACCCAGAGUCGAUUGCAACCACAAGGGAACUCGCUUGUUUACAGAAUGUAGACACAAGUGCUUUGUCCGAAGCACGAGUCGACCCGUUAUCGUUUGCGUCCGUAAAAGAUCUGGAAAGCUCUGUGUUCGAGGCUCUGGCUAUUCUGACGACUAUCUGCGUUGAGCAAAUAUGCUUAAACCGUCCUUUUGGUACUGAAAGAGCGGUUUUGGCGCGCUUCGCUUCGCAUCUAGCGGAACAAUUUUGUACUGGAUGCGACCAAACACUACCAGAACUCCCUUGUCGAGACUACGCUGCCCAACUUCAGUAUGGGGCUUGCCCGAAUAAAUGUGAGACGUAUCCAGGUAGCACGAUUCGGACUCAACGUGAUUGGAGGUAUCGCUGCUUCACAAUGAUUCUGUGCGACUCUUGGAACGAUCGAUUGCAGGUCGAAGCAGAUGAUCGAGUAUUUGCAGAAAUUCUAGGGAACAUCGAGGCGCGAGCUUUGACCGAGGGUCCACCGUCGAGACACCAGUUCAAUACCUCGUGGGCUGCAGCCUCUCUUAUAAAUGCUCUUGUCGGUGAUGCCGAUCAAAAGUUUGACGCCACACUGGUGUGCUCCACGGACAAGGUUAGCCAAAACACUGGCAGCUAUCAGGAGUCAAGUCACGCUGAAGAUAGACUGAUUGCACGGAAGUUCAUCCUGGUGUCACUCGUACCAUGUGAUGUGUUUUCAGUGUAG